AUGGCUGCAACAAGGCCUGUUCGGCCGAAACCCUUAGACUGGCCAGGUCCCUCACAUUUGGAUGUGUUUAUUCGCAGUCUAAAGCUAUUGCAUCUGGAUCAACGCGAGGAUUGGCCGGGUAUAUCUCUCCCCACCUUGAGCCCGACACCACAGAACCAACGAAACCGAAUCCGACUGAUAGAAUGGGCCUUGUAUCACCUCUACGCCAUUUGGGAUCCAGAGAGCGCCCAUAAUAAACUCCGACCCUUCUUCCCCCCGUUAGAGCCUCUACAGUCCGUCAACCUCCGCGCGGCUUUAUUUCGAUGCCUAGGCGAAUUGAAGAAGAAUGGCGAUCUGGGAAGGGAGAUUGUCCUUCGCAAAACCAUGCUGGAUGAUUGCAAGGGCGAUAAAUUCGAGGAGCUCCUUGCUAGCUUCUCCGCGGCCGUUCUCCGUAAAGUUGUGGCGGUGUCCGCAAACGAGAUGGUUUGGAAUCCUGCCAUGAGACUUUCGACCGCGUCAGCCAUGACCCCGACCGACUACCGGACUCUCCUGCCGCUCAUUCUUGCCCACCAAGUAUCUCUCGGUUCUGUGGGAGAACGCCAUGUCCGAGUUCAAGUGGCGUAUGACCGGUUCUCGAAGCUGCUAGAUGAUAAAAGGGUGGAGCUGACCGAACGUGCGGAUCAAGGCUCAGGAGGUCGUAUGAAUGAUAUGCAGAGUGAUCCCGAGAUGGUGCGUGAGUUACAAACAAAUUGGCUGGGCAGCGAGGAAUGGGCUGCUGCACUGCUCCAAGGCGGAUCACAAAGCACCGCCGACGCUUUUCUGGAACUUCCUUUCUCGGCGGCAUGGAUGCAGGCAAAAAACUCGAAUGUGGACAGUUUCAGCAGUGGCUUGAAGCAGGAUCUAGUCCUUGAUUUGGAGGCUCGUGUUCUGGCCCAACGAAGUCGACUGCACAAGUGGCACGAAUAUAACAAGUCCCUCUCAAAGGAAAGAGGCACCGACGAAACGAGCACAGCCUCUGUUAAAGAACCACGUGUGUUAUUCCGGGAUCACCAGUCUCUCACAAUUGCUAGUAUAUCCAAAGCUGUUCGUCAGCCUGGGGAUCGCGCGCGGACGUUGAAAGGGCCGGAUAAAUAUCUCCUUUCCUCUGUAAAUGAGGCGCUCUCCCGCAUCAAUGGGAAAUCCCGCGUCAAGCCUGCAGGUUUUACACCAGAGGUUAGAAAGAGCAGCAAACUACAAUUCAGAAGCUUGUCAGAGAUUGUCAGCUCGCCAUCAACAGUGGCAGAAGACUACCACACCCCAGGUCAUUCACCAGACUUGGAAACCACAGGGCUCCAUUCAGAGCCCGAGCCCAAGCCACAUCCAGAAUCAGAAUCAGAACAUAUUCAACGCUCGCCCCCAACCGUCCGGCUCUCCCCAGACCUCCCCUCGUCUGACGAGGAACCAGCUCCAGAACCCAUCAAGCGCUCCGAUACCUUAGCCGAGCGCACGCGCAGAUCAAUGUCUCUCCUCCCACCCGUGGCCCACGAAGCGCCACGGCGACGCCGCAGACCCCGCCCUUCCUUCCCAGUCAACCAGUUCAUCACGCCGCGAAAGGCUUCCACGCACUCAGCUCAUUCAAGGGAUGAUAUCUCGCGUGCUUCGACGCCGCAGGAUCGGCUCUUUGAGGAAGAUGCUGAGUACGCAAGUGUCUUCAAGUCCCGGCCGCGUGUGGCACUUAGUCCUAUCUCGUCCCCUGCUGUGCAUGUCGGUCCCUCUUCUGAGGAGGAUAGUUUUGAUUUGGAUUAUUAUGAUGAUGGGGAUGAGAGUGAAGAUUUUGAGUGGGGGCAUAUUGAUUCGCCUCUAGCUGCUCCUCGAUUGAGGCGGUAG